UCCGCGUUUAUGACCAGCAUUACGGAUCGGCAGUAGGAUUGAAGUCUGGAGUGAGUCGUUGUAACGUCGAUCGGUGGUGACAAAAGUAAGGGUGCAUCAUCGCUGCCAUCUCCGUGAUUGAAGGAGUCUCGUUUGCCCGUGUGCAGCUACCAACAACCACCUGCCAGAUUCCAUUCCGUCAUCAUGCCUUUUGAAUGAACGGGUGGGAGGAAUGCUUAUUAAAUCCACAUGUGUCUGUGGAUCCAUCUGCUAAUUACACGCGAUGCUCACUUUUGUCAUCAACGCCUUCCGUAGCUAAUUCCCUAUUAGACAAGACUCUGUACCUAGCGUUCGCCAGUAUAAUGUUCUUGGGCGCAUGUGCGAUGUGCAUAUGCGACACACAAAGACUCCACGUGACUGCAUGCAUACUUCGGUUCUCGGUCUUCGUGCCGACCUUUUUUUUGAUGUGCGACCGGUUGGUUGUCGACCAAGCUCGGAUCAGCGAAUCCGUUGGCUGUCGUAAGAAUGUCACCACAGGCGAAUACCGCGGCAGUACUGUGUAUGUAUUUUGUCUUUGACUUGCCACACGGUCGUUGUGUUGUUGUUGCCAGACUCGUCAAGG